AUUAAAAUGUGAUCUUUCUGAAAGCUCAAAUCUUAAUUUAUCACUCUCCCUACUUGACUCUUCAGUGGUUUCUCAUUAUUUUCAAAACAAGUCCAAACUCUCUAACAUGGCAUACACGGACCUUCAUGUUAUGGUCUCUCCUUACCUCCCCAGCACAUUUCCGUUACUUCACUUUCCUAACCCCUGUCUUCCUCUUGACUGUGCUCCAGCCGUACUAAAGCACUUGAGAAUGGGUCAUGCUCUUUUUCUCCUCUGGAUGCCUGCCGGGGGUAUCAUGGUGCUUCUACCUGGAAUAAUUACCCUCACUCCUUUCACUUGGGUAACUUUUGUUCAGCCUUUACCACUCAGCUCAGCUAUCACUUCCUCUGGGAAGCCUGUGACUUCUCCAGUCUGGGCUUGGUUUUAAAGCACUUUGAUCAGAACUCUGAGGUCACAUUUAUCGCACAGAAUUUACAGAUAAUCUUCACGUUUUAUGUAUCCAAAUUUUGAAGAAGCUACUUCUUUGAACAUUUCACAUUGACACCCUUAAAGUGUGUUACCUUUUUUACUGCCAGGUCUUCCUGUUAAAUGCUUCCAUAGCGACUUUUUCCUUAUUUCACUUGCUACAAUUUUGUAAUUGUAUAUUUAUUCAUGUGAUUGUCUGGUUAAUGUUUCUCUCCACUGCUUAGACUAAGCAUAUAAGAGCAAGGACCAUGCCUGUUUGGCUCCAGUGCUUGGUACAGUGCUUUGCAUAUAGCAGAUGCUCAAUAAGUACUUAUUGAAUGAAUGAAUAUUACAAUAUUUAUGCUCUAUUUUAUUGCAUUAGAAUAUUUUUGCUUGUCCUUUUUGAUAGAAAUGAAUGAGGGGAAUGGGAAAAUCCAAAAAUAUCACAGUGCUGAUACUAGUGUUAGGAGAUAAAGAUCUUAUAAACUUAAUACAAUUGAGACAGAGAUGGAAAUUGUUAGGUAUGAAAAUCUUUACCCUUAAUUAGAUGCUUAUUGUAUUUAAGCCAGUCAAUAGUGUAUUCAGUUUGAAGAAAAAUUGAAAUUAAAAAACUUGUAUGAAAUGUUAGAAAAAUAUCAUUGAAUAUUUUAUCUAAAAGGACAGGGGUUUAAUAAUAUAUAUAGCUUUAUAGAAACGAAACUAUCCCCUUUAACAUGUUCUUUGGACAUUGGACUUCUGUAUACAUUUUCAGAAAAACAUUAUAAAUGAUUAUGGCACUACCUUUAAUUGAACUGAUGGUUUCUCAAGGACAGGAACUACGUGUUACUUGUCUUUAUGUCCUUGUGCCUUCGAACCUAUUUUGUUUUUAGUAAAUAUCUGUUCAACAAGUGAACUAACAGCAAAAGGAAUAUAUAUCAGAUGGGUUUAAAUUUAGCUGCAUAUUACAGAAAAACCUGAAGUGACAAUAACAUUAAAAAGAUAGAGAUAUACUUCUCUCAUGUGUAAAAGAAAUCCCAAAGUAGACAGUCUGGGGUUGGUAUGGAGGUUCCAAAGGGACCUAGGCUUUUUCCAGCUUUCUCCCCAAACAUUACUAGGGUAUAGCCCUCAUUUUUGUCCUGAGUGGUUAUUAGAAUUACAGUGCUCAUCCCAGUUCCAAGCUGUAGAACUAAGGAAGGGAAAAAGGGCACAACUUUUCAAGGAGACUUCUUGACGGUCACGCAAGGCUUCCACUUUUAUCCCAUUGGCAAAUGAGAUAACUCCUAACUGCAGGAGGAGUUCUAGAGUUUGAAAGAGUUUAUCUUGAUAAUCUCCCCAGUGCAUCCAUGUAUGAGCGUAGUUACAUGCAUAGAGAUGUUAUCACCCAUGUGGUGUGCACCAAGACAGACUUUAUUAUUACUGCCAGUCAUGAUGGACAUGUUAAGUUCUGGAAAAAAAUUGAAGAGGGAAUUGAAUUUGUUAAACAUUUUCGUAGUCACCUAGGAGUUAUUGAGAGUAUUGCAGUUAGCUCUGAGGGAGCAUUGUUCUGUUCUGUGGGUGAUGAUAAAGCAAUGAAGGUGUUUGAUGUAGUGAACUUUGACAUGAUCAAUAUGCUGAAGCUUGGCUAUUUUCCCGGACAGUGUGAGUGGAUCUAUUGCCCAGGGGACGCCAUAUCUUCAGUUGCUGCUUCUGAGAAGAGUACAGGAAAAAUUUUCAUUUAUGAUGGUCGAGGAGAUAACCAGCCACUUCAUAUUUUUGACAAACUCCAUACAUCACCUCUUACUCAGAUACGACUAAACCCAGUUUACAAAGCAGUAGUGUCUUCUGACAAAUCUGGAAUGAUUGAAUACUGGACUGGGCCUCCUCAUGAAUAUAAAUUCCCCAAAAAUGUGAACUGGGAGUAUAAAACUGACACAGAUUUAUAUGAAUUUGCCAAGUGCAAGGCUUAUCCAACCAGCAUAUGUUUUUCACCUGAUGGAAAGAAAAUAGCUACUAUUGGUUCUGAUAGAAAAGUUAGAAUUUUCAGGUUUUUAACUGGAAAACUCAUGAGAGUCUUUGAUGAAUCACUAAGUAUGUUUACUGAACUGCAGCAGAUGAGGCAACAGCUACCAGACAUGGAAUUUGGCCGACGAAUGGCUGUAGAACGUGAGUUGGAGAAGGUGGAUGCAGUAAGAUUAAUUAAUAUAGUUUUUGAUGAAACUGGACACUUCGUGCUAUAUGGAACAAUGCUGGGCAUUAAAGUUAUAAAUGUAGAAACAAACCGGUGUGUGCGGAUCUUAGGCAAGCAAGAAAAUAUUAGAGUGAUGCAAUUGGCUUUGUUCCAAGGAAUAGCCAAAAAACAUCGUGCUGCAACUACUAUAGAAAUGAAAGCUUCCGAAAAUCCCGUUCUUCAGAAUAUGCAAGCUGACCCAACAAUAGUCUGUACAUCUUUCAAAAAGAAUAGAUUUUAUAUGUUUACCAAACGAGAACCAGAAGAUACAAAAAGUGCAGACUCUGACCGAGAUGUUUUUAAUGAGAAACCUUCUAAAGAAGAAGUCAUGGCAGCUACUCAAGCUGAAGGACCUAAACGAGUUUCAGAUAGUGCCAUUAUCCACACAAGCAUGGGAGACAUUCACAUCAAACUUUUUCCUGUUGAGUGCCCUAAGACAGUGGAAAACUUCUGUGUUCACAGCAGAAAUGGUUAUUACAAUGGACAUACAUUUCACCGUAUAAUUAAGGGCUUCAUGAUUCAGACAGGAGAUCCAACAGGUACUGGUAUGGGAGGAGAAAGCAUAUGGGGAGGAGAAUUUGAAGAUGAAUUUCAUUCAACAUUACGACAUGACAGACCAUAUACACUCAGCAUGGCCAAUGCUGGAUCGAAUACUAAUGGAUCCCAGUUUUUCAUAACAGUAGUACCAACGCCUUGGCUUGAUAAUAAGCACACAGUAUUUGGACGAGUGACUAAAGGAAUGGAAGUUGUACAAAGGAUCUCCAACGUCAAAGUCAAUCCCAAAACAGAUAAGCCCUAUGAGGAUGUCAGCAUCAUAAAUAUUACUGUCAAGUAAAAUAAGGUUUCAUUGUAUAUGUAAAAAGAAAAAAAACAUAUUAAACAGAAUUAUUUUACAUUAGGAAUCUCUUAAGACUUGGUAAAUAUACAAAUCAUGUUUCAAGGAUGCAAUAUUUUUAUAUUUUUCAUUAAAGGCCACUUUUUAAAACUCUG